AUGGCGUCAGUCAUAGGCGUCUUGAUUAGAGCUGUCUUGUUAUUUGUACGGAGAUGCAUUGCUAUCUGUCCUGUUAAUGGGUUCGCUCAUGUCCAAUUUCUACUUCUGAGCUUCACGCUCGACUCGUCCCCUCCGCAAUCCGCGCUGGCCACCCUCGAGGCUUCCGUCGCUUUUGCCGCUGUUUUUACACCACUAUUUCCAUCGUCACAUUGUAUAAAGCAGCACAUUCUGGCGGCCGCGAAUCGGCGUUCGUUUGCGUUGGUCGAGUAG